UAUUCAUUGUUAUCUACCUCUCCUGAACUCAACGCUGAACACAGAAGAGUGGUGAUGGCGAUGGCGAUGGAUAUCCUUGGUUCACACGUCUUGGGCCUCCGAUAUUUUGAAAGUUCCCGCACUCGUACCACCUGGCGCUUCAACGUAAGGGCCACACUUCCAUUUCCGCACCAAAACGCUAAACAUUACAAAGAGCUUCAAGCCGCCGUUGACGUAGUUCACAGGGCUUGCAAUCUCUGUCUCAAUGUCAAAUCGUCUUUGCUCUCAACUCAUGGCAAGGUUCUUGAAAAAAAUGACCACACUCCCGUCACCGUCGCUGAUUUUGGAGUUCAGGCUCUCAUAAGUUUGGAGUUAAAUAAGCUGUUCCCUUCUAUACCUUUGGUGGCUGAGGAGGACUCCGCUUUUGUGAGAUCAAGCAACUUAGCAGACACUGUGCUUAAUGCAGUAACUGCUACUGCUAGCUCCACUUGUAAACCAUUGACACAAGAUGAUGUGCUUGAUGCAAUUGAUAGAGGGGGCAAGGAUGCUUUUGUAUUUGGACCAAAGCCGGCCACAUAUUGGGUGCUUGACCCAAUUGAUGGUACACGUGGUUUUCUAAAAGCUAGCAGAGCCUUAUAUGUGGUUGGUUUGGCUCUUGUGGUUGAAGGAGAGGUUGUAAUUGGAGUUAUGGGCUGCCCUAACUGGGAGGAAGAUUUAUCUGAGAUAUCAUCUGCCGAGAUUGAGGAGGGUUGGGAUUCUCUUCGUGGAUCAGGAGCUGUAAUGAUUGCUCAUAAGGGAUGUGGAACAUGGAUGAAAAGUUUGAAUAGCCAACUCAAAUCACCUGGUGUGUGGACCAGAUGUUUUGUUGAUGGAUCUGACAUAAUACAUAAAGCACGCUUUUGUAUUCCAGAUAGUCAAACAUGGGAAUCACUGCCAUUGUCGUCUUUAUUUAGUGCAACAAACAAGGCUGAUAAUGUAGGGAGCAAUCAAAUUCAUCUAUUGAGGACAUGUUGUGGAAGUUUAUGCAAGUAUUUGAUGGUGGCCUCAGGUAGAGCAUCUAUUUUCAUUCAACAAGCAAAACAGAAGACCAUUAUAAAGGCCUGGGACCAUGCUGUUGGCUUGAUAUGCAUUCAUGAAGCUGGUGGGAAGGUAACUGACUGGAAAGGCAGUGAAAUAGAUCUUGCCGUGGAUCAUGUUGGCCGGCGGUUUUUAUUUCCGUCUGGCGGUUUCCUUGUUACCAACGGCAAUUUACAUAAUCAGAUUUUGCAGAUUAUUCAUCAGACUUCAAUAGUUUGAUGAUUGGGGAAUUGUUCAUCCUCAUUAUUUUGUGAAAAAGAUUUAUAUCUUUUGAUUUUUUUUAACCUUUGUCCCAGAUAAUCUUAUUAUAUUUUCGUUUAUGAGAUAUAUAAUUACUAUCCAUUAUUAAUUAUUGUAACACUAUGUGGGAGCUGGUUUAAAAAGGCCUAUGCAAAUGAUUCAUACACUAGAAGAUUUGCUCUGUUCACUUCGA